AUGUUUCCUUCAGGUAGCCCACGGUCCCUGAGCCUCGUGUUUCUUCUGGGGAUGGCAUCCCAGGGGAUCAGCUGUCCGAGCAGGUGUAGCUGUCAGUACCUGGAGGUGAACUGCACCGGGCAGCAGCUGCAGGAGUUCCCUGUGGACAUCCCUCUGGACACCAGGCAGCUGAUUCUGGCAGCAAACAACGUCUCGUACCUGCCGCCGAUGGAAUUGAGCUUCCUGGCUGAUUUGGUCUAUCUGGACUGCAGAAAGAACCUCUUGGGGGAUGACUUGGAUUUUACUUUCAUUGGCGUGGCCAGGCUUGUCUAUCUGGACCUCAGCUUCAACAACCUCUCCCAGGUCACAUUCAGCACCUUCUCCCACCUCCUCAGCCUGGUGGUACUGAAGAUCUCGGACAAUCCCAACCUUGUGGCCAUCGAGAAAGAUGCUUUUGCCAACAACACCUGGCUGAGGCACCUGGAUGUGAGCCGGACUGGCUUGACCUUCCUGGACACCAGCACCGUCCGGGACCUGCCCAACCUGAGGCUCCUGGGGCUCAGUGACAACCUGUGGCACUGCAACUGUUCCUUUUUGGACUUCAUCACCUGGAUGAUGGAGAGCGAUGUGCAUUUUCCAGAUGCUGACAACAUCACCUGCUACACCCCAGCAGGGCUGCGUGCCCUGAGGAUGCCAGCAGCAGAGGCACAGCUCCACUUCAGCUGCCUGACCCAGCUGCACAAGCAGGAUUAUGUCUUUCUGGGCCUCGUUGGCUUCUGCAUCUUCCUUGCUGGCACCAUGGCAGCCUGGCUGGCCGGGGUCUGUGCUGUCAUCUACGAGGCCCAUGCCUCAAAGGGAGAGGAAGAGGAGGAGGAGGAGGAGGAGGAGGAGGAAGACACAGCCACUUAG